CACAAAUUGAAAUAAAUGGAUUACCAAUAUAUUUUUUUCCUAAUGAUAAUGACAUUUAUUGAACCAGUGUCUGUUCAUUUAUGGUGGUAUUAUUUAUUCUGCAUGUGAUGAAAGAACGCUUCACAAAUGGAUACGGAAAUAGAGGUGAUCUCAAUGGAGGACGAGAAAUUGCAUACGCGCGAAAACGGAUGCGUCGACUCGAACCACCAUCCGGUGCGGUCAAAAGCGGAAGACGAACCCGGAGUCGGCGACGAGUGUCCUCUUAUUUAUAAGAUCAGUGAUCGACCGCCAGCUCACCUGAUUUUCUUCUUUGGUUUUCAGCAAGCUGUGAUCUCUAUCGCGCACCAGCUAGUCGUCUCUCUGCUGGUGGCGGAAGUCGUCUGCGCGUCCAAUGACAGCGCCCUAAAUGCGCGUCUUCUCAGCUCCACCCUCUUUAUGACGGGCUUUACCACGUUGCUAAUGGUUACCAUCGGCUCAAGAUUGCCCCUGUUUCAAGGGGCCGCGAUAGAAUACCUCUCCCCUUUACUAAUGCUGGGGGCAGUAGACUCAACAUUCUGCGCUACUGAUACUAAACACGCAUGCGUGAAUUCGGCCAAUCAGGCAGUGAUGAACGCGAGUUUAUCCAACACAACUGCGCUUAUGACGUCACUGUUUAAUGUUACGUCAAUAUCGGAUUACGAGCGGUCGAUAAAUGCGAUUACGUCGCUCCAAGGCUCCUUAAUGGUGGCCGGUGCCCUGCACACGUUCGUAGGGUUCACGGGGCUCGUAGGGGUCAUGCUGCGGUUCGUAGGGCCCAUGACUAUCAUACCGGCCGUCCUGCUGAUCGGGCUCUACAUGAUCAAGGGCACCGCGAAAUUCGUCUUCGUCAACUGGAUCGUCGCUGUCAUUACGGCCAGUGUGACCAUGUUUCUGUCGCUGUACCUGGGUCGGAAAAAGACCCCUAUUCCCAGCUGGUCCCGCGCCAAGGGCUUCCAUAUCGUCUGGUACCCGCUUCACCAAGUAUUUUCCAUUUUGAUCGGUAUGAUCGUGGGCACAGUGGUGUGUGCGUUCUUCACUGCGUACAACGUGGUCCCUAACGACCCCUGCAACCCUCACUUCCGGACGCGAACGGACGCACGAAUCGAGGCCCUGGAGAAAGCAGACUGGUUCACAUUUCCAUACCCCGGUCAGUUUGGCGCCAUUUCAUUCAGCUCGAACGCUCUGGUGGGCUGCCUUCUCGCUACUGUGCUCUCCAUCCUGGACUCCGUUGACAACUACUUUGCGUGCACGACGACCGUCGCCUCCCGCUGGGUGUUCGUCAUGGUAGGCGUCAUCUACAUGGCCAUCGGGCUGCUAGGCAAGCUGUCGGCACUGUUCAUCAUGAUCCCGGAACCCGUCCUAGGUGGCGCUCUGCUCUCCAUUACCGGCGUCUUCAUAGGUGUAAUACUCUCGAACCUCACCGAGAUUUCAUUGCACAGCACGCGCAAUUUGGCGAUUCUCGGUCUUUCCCUGACGGUGGGCAUUAUGGUCCCUCACUUUGUGGAGACCAAUCCGGACAUCAUCAAAACAGAUAACGUUGCUCUGAGUAACUUUCUGAAGAUGUUUUUCGGCAAUGCCAACUUCGCUGGAGCGCUGUGUGCUUUUAUUCUGGACAACACUGUACCAGGGACCAAAAAAGAGCGAGGCAUUCUCGCGUGGAGCAGUGUUAAAUCGGGUGCCAGCAUAACCAAGAAGUAUUCCGAGGGCUACGAACUAUACAAUCCAUGGAUGCCGUCAGAGAUGAGAAAAUCAAGAUGGCUGAAAUUCAUUCCUUUCCUUCCAGAACCGGAAACGGACCUGACGUCAUUGGAAGUGAAUAACAAAAUAGAACACGAGCAAAUGGAAUUUUUGUGAUGUGGAUUUAAAUACUGCUUUGCAAUAAUUGCAUUUGCCAUAGCAUUGCCUAGAUAUGUUGGUUUUUAUGCCGUAAGAAAUGGUUGCAUAGUAAAUAUGUUUUCAGUAUACUGAAGUAUUACUUGCAUUAAGUGUGACGAUUGGGUUGAUAUUUACUGUCUCUAGUAUACUCUAACCAAUAUUGAAAACACAUAAGAUGGUGUCUAUUAAAUGUAUUGGAUGGAAACACGUGUAUCAAAUUAUUAAUCUACCGUGUCAUCACAUCAACAAAGUGUGAAAAAACUGUAUGGAAGACAAGCACUCGUUAACAAGUCUAAGUUUUUCCCAUGCUAUAUACAUCUCACACCAAAAUUAAUUGUUUGUUAAUACAAAACAUACCAGAAUCCCAUAAUUCUUUUAAUAAAAGAAUUUUAAGAACUGUGAAACAACGUUUGUUUUUAGCUCACCUGAUUACAACGUACUCAUGGUGAGCUUUUGUGAUCGCCUUUUGUCCGUCGUCCGUUGUCCGUCGUGCGUCGUGCGUUGUCUGUUGUGCGACGUCAACAUAUGCCUUGUUCACUCUCUAGAGGCCACAUUUAUUGUCAAAUCUUCAGGAAAUUUGGUCAGAAGAUUGGUUUCAAUGAUAUCUUGGAUGAGUUCGAAAAUGGUUACGUUUGCUUGAAAAACAUGGCUGCCAUUGGACGGGGCAUUUUUCGUUAUAUGGCUAUGUAUGGCUAUAGUAAAAUCUUGUUAACACUCUAGAGGCCACAUAUAUUGUCUGAUCUUCAUGAAACUUGGUCAGAAGAUUCAUCCCAAUAAUAUCUUGAAUGAGUUCGAAAAUAAUUAUGUUUGCUUGAUAACAAUGGCUUCCAAUGGGCGGGGCAUUUUUCCUUAUAUGGCUUUAGUAAAAUCUUGUUAACACUCUAGAGGCCACAUUUACUGUCCGAUCUUCAUGAAACUUGGUCAGAAGAUUUAUCCCGAUAAUAUCUUGGAUGAGUUCAAAAAUGACGCCGGUUGGUUGAAAAACAUGGCUGCCAGGGGGCGGGGCAUUUUUCCUUAUAUGGCUUUAGUAAAACCUUGUUAACACUCUAGAGGCCACUUUUAUUUUCCGAUCUUCGUGAAACUUGGUCAGAAGAUUUGUCCCAAAAAUAUCUUGUUAUCUCAGGUGAGCGACUUUGAGCCUUUCAGGCCCUCUGGUUUGCGUAUACAUUUGAAAUACUUUUUAUUGUUUCUCAAAUACUUCGGAUUUGUGUGUGUUGAAAAUGUACCUUUUUCGGGAAACAAUUUUUAGCUCGGCUGUUUUCGUAGAAAACUUGAGGUAUUGUCAUAGCCAGCUCGUCGUGUCGUGUCGUCCGCCGGCGUCGUGCUAAAACUUUGACAUUUGCUCCAAAAUCAAAGUGCUUCCACCUACACCUUUGAAACUUCAUGCACCCACAGCCGAGCGUUGGCACCCGUUAUGCGUUGCUCUUGUUUAUAUUUAUUUGCAUACAUUCAUACAUAUAACAGCACUUAUAACAUGACUUACGUUUAAGGAGUGAAAUAACGUAACGCUCAAUUUUGUUUAUUACACGGGUGUUAUUACACUAGUUAUAUAACUGUGAAAUGACGUCAUUUUUGUGACGAAAUGACGUCAUUUUUCCAGUGAAUUUCUUCAGUUACACUCUUUUACAAUGUGAAUACAAAGGUGAAAAGAGCAUAAAAUAAAGAAAAAAAUGUUGGUCGUGUUAUAAAUAGUAUCUUAGAUUCGUGGUCAUUUUGUAUUGAAUUUAUUAAACUCGUUAUCUUAAUAAAGAUAUG